AUAACUGUAAGGGAUUGCUUGUGACCAUUUCUGUUUCCCAGCGACAUCAGACAACUUUUGAUAUGACCCUUAAUGAUUGUUGCCUCAGCAUCCUAUGAACAGUGUCCUUCACACAUACAUUUUUUCGCAUCCUCGGCUUCAUCAGGACAUCCAGCUGUUAUUACAGUGGAACAAUAAUCGAGAUUAUCUUGAAAAACUUGAGAAAGCAGUCGAGUGCCUGGAGGAGAGUGGACGGUACCGGAGAACAGUGGAAGAAGACAGAGAAAGCUCAAGUAGAAACCCACACAGGAUCAUGUGUCGUGAGCUUUGCUUGCUGCUACUGAUGCUAUCGUUGAUGGUGGUGGAGGCGGUGGUGGAGGAUGAGUCAGACGCGGAAGCAUCCUCCGGAUCUACACUACCGGAUGUUGACAUUCAUCCAGAUCAAGAGAUGAUACCGAUAGACCAGACCAACACAAACAAUGUACAACAAAAUUUCGCUUCUAGUGGUGAUGGUGGUGAAGAUAGUUCUGAGGAUACAUCUGCAUUCAACACUGCAGGAGACGUACUGCCAACACCCCAGCCAUUGGUGCAAUACAGGUAUCAAAGCCAACACAUCAACAGACAACCACAACUCAACCGGAGACAAGAUGAUAUGAGGUACUUUCAGCAAUUAAUGCGAAUCCGUCAGUAUCCUCUGUCAUACAACCAAAAUCAACAACACCAAUUGAAUCUUGCAAGUCAAGAGUAUAUAAACCAUGCACAUGGAUACUUACAAAAUCAACAGAUGAAUCUUAAAAAUUCCCCUCUGACACCAGAGAGACAGAACACAUGGGAUUCUGGUUCUCGGGGUUCAUAUAGUCUCUCUAACAAUCAUUUUUCUCCUCCAUACAACACCCAAAGGCUCACCCCCAUCACAAACCACAGACCACCCUAUUUUCCACGUCAACGUCAAGAUAUACCGCUGGAAAAAUAUAAACUGCUGUCUGAAAAGCAAUCUGAACCUCACCUGAGUAAACCAGGUCCAGAGUUAUCAAUCCAUGACCUUACCAGUAAUUUCUACCAAGUAAACAAAAUUCCUCUUCUUUCAUCUGUCUUACAAGCAUCAUCCACUCAUAAUACUAACAGGAUUAAUAACCAACCAGUGAAUAAUUUCAGAGCCCCAAUUUCCAAAAAUACUCAGAGAUCUUUUGGUACCAAUAACAAGAGACAGUUUUUUAGUCUACAGCCUGAACUUGCUUACCCAAGACCCCCUCCAAAGACACAUUACCCACCAAGGAAUCGAGAAAUACCAGAACCCAGUAAUCCUCAAGAGGAACACACACUCUAUGACCCCGAACGCUAUCCUCCAAGUAUGUCCUUUGGACAACCUUACUUCACCCGUGAUUUAUCAGGCAUCACCAGUAACCAACAGGAAGCUGGACAUGGUUUUGGUGAGAACAGGGUGUAUAAACCAAAUAUUUACAAUUGGAAAAAUCAAUAUAUACCACGCCUGAGAAACAAUUACCGCUCCAAUCCACACAGGAGACAAUUUUCACAAAGCCAAUUUUCUGCAGUCCGAAACUUAGACACUCCGACAUAUCAAAAUGUGAAACAAACUUUUCAAACGGGCAUUAAAGGGCUCAAUUACGCUCAGCUACCCAGUGGUUAUGCCUCCCCCACAACAACGUUUGAAAAAAGUGAAAACAAGGAAAAACGUGAAAGCAAUCACAGUAAUGCAAUGGGUAUAACCAACUUGGAACAGGCAGAGAAAGACUCUACCGUUCUGUUCAACGGACAUGGUGGUCCUCCUAUUAUAAAUUAGUAGCUAAAGUGAUUACUGGCAUUAAGAUAUUCUGUGUCUCAAUAUCAUAGUACCUCAGAAUGCACUGUACAAAAACGUCUCUAAUAAAGCUUUUGCUACAGUUGCCCUAU